AUGGGCAAAAAGAGAAAGGCUGCCGGUCGUCCCGCGGCGCAUAACAAACCCAAAGAAUCGGAGCGCACCAAGUUCUAUAUCGAGGAGCGAUUCGACGAUUCGGAGGAUGAGUUCCAAGCAGGUCGGGAUCAGAUUCUUCUGGAUGAAGCGCCGGAUGCGAAGCGUCGACGGAGACUAGAGGAAGAAGAGGAAAUGCUUCAACCGUCGGACGAAGAGAUCAUGGGCUACGACGACGUGGACGAAGACGACCUAGACGAUGAGGACGAUGAGGAAAAGGAAGGCGCCGAUGACUACGAUGACUACGAAGAGGAUGCGAUUGGCGAGCCAUCGAAAAAACCCAAGAACAAGCGCCGUGAUGCUAGUCCCUCCGAGGACUCCGAGGACGAGGACGAGGAGGGUAUCGCCGCUUGGGGUUCCUCAAAGAAAGACCUAUACAAUGCCGACCAGAUCGAAACGGAAGCCGAUGCCUUGGAGGAAGAGCAGGAGGCCAAGAGACUUCAGCAGAAACAUCUCCGGGCCAUGAACGAAGCGGACUUUGGCUUUGACGAAACCGAAUGGGUCGACGCCGGCAAGGAAGAAAAAGACGCAAAGAAAGAUACCACAGAGGUAACGGAGGUGUUACCACAGGUGGAAGUCAGUGAAGAUAUGAGCGCAGAGGAAAAGUUGAAGAUCCUGAACUCGAGGUACCCCGAAUUCGAACCGCUUGCAAAGGACUUUGCCGAUCUCCAACACACACAUCGCGACCUUGCGCAGGAUGCCAAAGCGGCUGAAAAAUCCAAGGAAGCGGAUGAUGUGGAUGACGAGGAUGCAGCACCGGUUGCCGUAGUAAAAUUCCGUGCCUUGUCGGCAUACCUGGGCACGAUCAGCAUGUACUUUAUGCUCCUGACGUCUUCUCAAGAUGGAUCGGGGAACCCGUCUCCCAUGCCUCCGGCACAAUUACGGGGGCAUCCUGUUAUGGGAUCUCUCGUCAAGUUUAGGAAACUGUGGGAGAGUGUCAAGGACCUUCAAGCUCCCGAGGUCCUUGAAUCCGAGAAUGAGGAGAUGGAGGAGAGCGAGAUCAUCGCCAAGCCCGAACCGCCUAAGACCGAGAAGAAGAAGCAGACCAAACAGCAAAGACAACCCAAUAAACUAUCCAAAGCAGAGCGCGCCGCUCAAGCAGCACAAGCAGAGGCCGAAGCCCGGAGAGCAGAAAGACUCCGCGAGACCGAAGCCAACCUGGCAGAUCUCUCCACCUUGGCCACAGACGCCAAGAAGAGGAAGACUCAGAAAACAAAAGCAUCGGCCAAGAACGCAGACGACUCUGACUUUGGUGAUGAGGAUGCGCUCACCGCCAAGGAGGCGGAGGAGAAGGCUAAGCAGAAGCGUUCACUCCGCUUCUACACUUCCCAGCUCGCCCAAAAAGCCAACAAGCGCAGUGCUGCUGGUCGGGAUGCUGGUGGUGAUGAGGACCUGCCAUACCGCGAGCGCUUGAAGGACCGUACAGCCCGACUCAACGCCGAAGCUGAAAAGCGUGGUAAACAGCAAAUCUCGAAGGAAGAGCAACUUGGCGACGACAGUGAUGAGGAAGAUUACCGCAUGGCCGAGCAGAUCCGCGGCGACCAGUCCGACUCCGACGAUUACUACGACAUGGUUGCGGCGCGCUCCAAGCAGCGCAAGGACGACAAGAAAGCUCGCGCAGAUGCUCACGCAGAAGCUGCUCGCCAAGGUGGACAAGUCGCGAUUCAAGAGGAGGUUGGACCGGAUGGCAAGCGUGCCAUCACCUACCAGAUCGAGAAGAACAAGGGUCUUGCACCGAAGCGGGACAAGGAUGCGCGCAACCCGCGUGUCAAGAAGAGGAAGAAGUUCGAGGACAAGAAGAAGAAACUGGGUAGUAUUCGCCAGCAGUACAAGGGUGGUGAAGGCCGUGGAGGAUAUUCCGGUGAACUUACCGGUAUUAAGAAGAACUUGGUCAAGAGUGUUAAACUUUGA